CUGUUUGUUUCCUUCUUUAACCUCUUCGAUCAUGUCCUGGCAAGCUUAUACAGAUAACUUAAUUGCCACUGGCAAAAUUGACAAGGCUGCGUUAUAUUCGAGAGCCGGUGAUUCAUUGUGGGCCCAAAGCUCUGGGUUCCAAUUGGAUCAGAAAGAAAUCUUCGAACUCGCUAGAGGAUUCGAUGAUCCUUCCCAAUUACAAGCCACUGGUUUACACGUUUUGGGCGUCAAAUACUUCUUGUUGAGAGCUGAUGAAAGAUCCAUCUACGGUAGACAAGACACCCAGGGAGUUAUUUGUGUUAGAACCAAACAAACCAUUUUGCUUGCCCAUUAUCCUCCCACCACUGUGGCCGGAGACGCCACCGCAGUGGUGGAGAAGUUGGCAGACUACUUGAUCAGUGUUGGCUAUUAACUAAAUAGUUUUAAUUUACGUAUACUU